GGUGGGGGAAGAGGCUUGCUGCUUCUAGAACCCCAGUCCUCUGUGCUGUGCCCAGACCCCUGGGUCAGGCCACAGCCAGAGACAGAGGUGGUAGGUGGGUGGGUAGGCAGGUCGUUGGAGAAGAGGAAGCUGGGGCAGAGUUGGGUCACCCUGUGGUUACGCCGGGCCCUGGCUGGCUAAGGCUGCCCCCAGGCCUGCUCCAAGCCCCAGAUGUGGGCCAUGGGGGCUUCAGGAGCUGGCAGCCAGGCUGGGUACAUGCAACUCUGAGAACAAGGCUCCAUCUGGUUCUGAGCCCAAGCCAUGUGUCCAGGCUUUUGAGUCUGGGACUGCAGCCUCAGCCACCAACAACAGCAGCAGCAGUUCCUGCCCUGGACCCUGGAGGUCUGAGAACCCAGACUUCUUCUCCACCAUGGAGGACGAACAGGAGGACGGCUUUCUGGGACGGCUCAGCGAGAGUGCCGAAGACCUCAGCCUGGACUUGGGGUCUCUCCAGGGCAGCGAGUAUCUCCAGGACCUGGGCUUUGAGGCCCCUUCCCCCAGCCAGCCUGGGGAGCCCAGGGGCAGUGGCUCCCCUAAUGAAGCUGAAGGAGAUUCGCCCUUCUCCAACUCGGCAGGGGCCACACGUCUGCAGCGGAGGCGCAGCUGGGAGAGGUCCCGGAGCUGCUCAGAAAGCUGGCAGAGGCUCAGCCUCGACGCCUUGGCUGCAGAUCAGGGGCCCGGUCUCCCCCGGACGCUGGCUAGCCUUGCUCUGAACCUGCCGGGAGAGGGGCUGCAGGGCUGGACCCAAGGGUGUCUGGCUGGGGGCGGAACCCCAGCAGAGCGCACAGGCAAGGAAUGUGACAGCUCUGAGAAAAGAGCAAGGUCACACUCAGUUCCUGUGUCCUUCGAUGAGAUCAGCUCCUUGAAAAUUGAGCAGGGUUUUGAGGUUCCCAUUCCAGCUGUUCAAGGCCUAGAACCGCCGGGGCUGGAGUGUGUGGAGCCGGACCACGUGGAGCCAGACCAUGUGCUAAUUGUCCAGCAGGUGCUUCAAGAACUUCGGCAGUACCAUGGGGCCCGGCAGAGGGCCCAGCUGUCUGCCAGCCCAGGAAGAGCCCCCUCAAACAUUACCUGGUUUGAGUUCCUGUCUGAGAGCGAGGUCGGCAGCAGCAAGAACGAACGAAGUGACAGAGGUGCCAGGGUGAAGCGCAGUCUGAGCUCCCUGCGCAGCCGGGUCACCAGACAGAAGGAGAAGGGUAAGAGUCCAGCACAUCAGAAGGACAAGGGGCAGGACUUGAGGCGGGAGUGUGUCAAUGGACACCAGCUGACGCCAGGAACCUUCUAUGGCCAUUCCAGCUGCCCCCUGUGUGGCAAGCCGUUCCUGAGCUCCGCCUCCCUGAAAGAGCGGCCCCGGGGCACCCUCUUGUCCGAUGGCAGCCCGGCCCCGUCCAGGAAUGUCGGCAUGACGGUCUCUCAGAAGGGGGGCCCACAGCCAGCACCGAGCCCAGCGGCAACUGGGGCGAGACCGGGUCUAGUCACAGGAGAGAUGGAUGAAGCAGACUCCGUAUUUUUAAAAUUUAAGCAGGCAGCCGAUGACUCUCUCUCGCUUACUUCUUCCAAUGCCGAGUCCAUUUUUGUAGAAGAUCCGUAUGCUGCCUCACUGAGGAGCGAGCUUGAAGCAGACGCCCAGGAGUUUGAGUCUGAGUCCUGGAGCCUUGCCGUGGACUUGGCGUAUGCAAAGAAACAGAAGAGAGAGGUCGUGAAAAGACAGGAUGUCCUUUACGAGCUUAUGCAGACGGAGAUGCACCACGUGCGGACACUCAAGAUCAUGCUGAAGGUUUACUCCAAGGCUCUGCAGGAGGAGCUGCAGUUCAGCAGCAAGGCCAUCAGCCGCAUCUUCCCGGGCGCUGAUGACCUGCUUGAGAUACACAGCCAGUUCCUCUCCCGGCUGAAGGAGCGACGCCAGGAGUCCCUGGAGGAGGGCAGUGACCGGAAUUACAUCAUCCAGAAAAUUGGGGACCUCCUGGUACAGCAGUUUUCAGGUGAAAAUGGAGAGCGAAUGAAAGAAAAAUACGGUGUCUUUUGUAGUGGCCACAAUGAAGCUGUCAGUCACUAUAAGUUUUUGCUGCAGCAAAACAAGAAAUUCCAAAACUUAAUCAAGAAAAUAGGCAACUUUUCCAUCGUGAGGAGGCUUGGUGUUCAGGAGUGCAUUCUUCUGGUUACUCAGCGCCUAACCAAGUACCCAGUUCUGGUGGAACGCAUCGUUCAGAACACAGAAGCUGGCACCGAAGACUAUGAAGACCUGAGCCAGGCCCUGACCCUCAUCAAAGACAUUAUCUCCCAAGUGGAUGCCAAGGUCAAUGAGUGCGAGAAGGGCCAGCGCCUCAGGGAGAUCACAGGGAAGAUGGACCUGAAGUCCUCCAGCAAACUCAAGAAUGGGCUGACCUUCCGCAAGGAGGACAUGCUGAAACGGCAGCUCCACCUAGAGGGCACACUGUGCUGGAAGACCACGUCAGGGCGCUUGAAAGAUGUUCUUGCUGUUCUGUUGACUGAUGUACUUUUGCUGCUCCAAGAAAAGGAUCAAAAAUACGUCUUUGCCUCUGUGGACUCGAAGCCCCCCAUCAUCUCUUUACAAAAGCUUAUUGUGAGGGAAGUGGCCAACGAGGAGAAGGCGAUGUUUCUGAUCAGCGCCUCACUGAAAGGGCCUGAGAUGUACGAGAUUUACACCAGCUCCAAAGAGGAGAGAAACUCCUGGAUGGCUCACAUCCGAAGGGCUGUAGAGAGCUGUCCGGUCGAGGAGGAGGGGCCUCUCAUUGAGGCCGAAGAGGAAAGGAAGGUGACUGAGGCCCGGGCAAUGAGGCUGAGGGAAUUCCAAGAGCUCUUGAGCCUGAAGGACCAGCUGAUUGCCCAGAGCCUCAGUGAGAAGCAGCAGAUCUACCUGGAAAUGGCCGAGAUGGGUGGCCUCGAAGACCUCCCUCAAGGUGCCCAGUCUUGCCUCUUCUUUCGAGCCGGGGACCCACCUGAGAACCUGCAGGGGGAGCUGAUCCUCAAAUCUGCCAUGACUGAAAUUGAGGACAUCCAGAACCUGAUCUGUGAGCAGCUGGGCAACACGGACGGCCAGGCUGAAGACGGAGGCGGCUCUGCUGCCCUGCCCCAGCGGGCAGAGACCUUUGGAGGCUACGACAGUAGGACCAGCCCCAGCAAGAAUGGCAGUUUUAAAAGAAAAGCCUACAGCCACGAGCCCAGGCCCCAAGACUGGAGAGGCCCUGCGAGCAGCUCAGACCUGAAGCUCAGCGCCACCCCUGGGGCCUCCGAGGAAGGAGCACAAGCAGCAGGGGCAGUGCCGGGUACAGAGUCUAACCCCCUUUUAUCAGCUGUCCUGGAGUUGGAGCUCAUCCAGCGGAUCCAGACCCUCUCCCAGCUGCUCCUCGGCCUUCAGGCAGUCAUCACACAGCAGGACAGCUACGUGGAGAUGCAGAGGGCCACCAUCCAGGAGCGUGAGAGGCAGCUGCGGCUCCAGUCAACGCGCGGGAACCUGCUGCUGGAGCAGGAGCGGCAGCGCAACUUCGAGAAGCAGCGGGAGGAGCUAGCAGGCGUGCAGAAGCUGCAGAGCCAGCUGCGCCUGGAGCAGCAGCGAUGGGAGCGUGAGCGCACGCGGCAGCACCGUGAGCUGGAUCUGGCUGCCGCCCAGCUGCAGGAGCGCGAGCACGAGGCCCAGCAGCUGCAGGAGCGGCUGAGCCAGGAGCGCGAGGAGCUGGGUCUCCAGCGGCAGGCCUACCAGCACGACCUGGAGCGGCUGCGCGAGGCCCAGCGUGCCGUGGAAAGGGAGCGCGAGCGGCUGGAGUUGCUGCGCAGGCUCAAGAAGCAGAGCUCUGUGCCAGGGGCACUGCCCCCAGAGGCAGCGGCCGAGGCCCAGCCCCCGAGCCACCCUCCCAGCUUCAAUGGUGAAGGGCCGGAAGGACCUAUGGGCCUGGCCAAAGCCCCGGGCGCCCGGAUGAGUGUCAGCAUGGGUCCUGAGUCCAUGGACCGGCCUGAGGGGGCUCGCCGGGACAGCGCCCCGACUGAGAGUCGGCCGGCCAAGAGCGACGUGCCCAUCCAGCUGCUGAGUGCCACCAACCAGAUCCAGAGGCAGGCGGCCGUGCAGCAGCAGAUCCCCACCAAGCUGGCCGCCGCCACUAAGGGCAGCAAGGACAAAGGAGGGAAGAGCCGGGGCUCCCAGCGGUGGGAGAGCUCAGGCUCAUUUGACCUGAAGCAACAGCUGCUGCUCACAAAGUUCAUGGGGAAGGAUGAGAGCACCUUGCGGAACCGCCGGUCACUGAGCCCUGUCCUGCCCCACAGCCAGAGCUCUGCACCGCCCCCAGACCCCAGCUUCCCAGCCCCAAACCCGGCCCCAGCCGACAUCUCACCCGAGAGCGUCAGCCUCAGGGCGGGGGGGCGAUCCUCCCCGCCCCUGCCCCCGUCCCCCUUGCUGCUGCCGGCCACACCACUCACCACCAAGAAGGAAGCCAACAAGGAAGAUGUCAUCUUCUUCUAACAGGGCAAGGCUCAAAGGGCCAGCCCCGGGAGAUGGCCUGGUACAGAACACCCUACUCCCACCCGCCUUCUGUGCUCUCUGGAGAAACCCCUGGGGUCGCUUUGCCCACCCAGCUGCCCCUCACUCCUCCCUGGGCACAGCACCCCGAUGACUGCUGGGGUCUGAGGCUGUCGACACUCUGCAGCUCCGUGUAACCACCUGGCUUUCUCCAUAGGAUUAGCAGUGGUGCCUGGGUAACUUUCUAAACUCUUUAUAUUUACAUAUAUAAAGAACAGUUUUUCAUUGAAGGUUGAACCCAAGCUAACCCCAGGAGCUGUUCUAAAUGGCAGUACCCCAUUUGGGUGGGAGGGAAAGCUGUUGCAAGCAGUUUUUAUAAGCAGCAGCAAAUGGGGGGCAUCUAGCAGGGAGCCUGGCGACAGGCCAGACCCUCAGUGUGAGCAGGAGGCACAGGCACCUGGGCUGGGCCCCACGACCCAGAAGGCGCUGACUGGAGACUGUCAAGAGGAAACGGGGCUGGAGCUUCCUCUCCAACGGCAUGCCAGGAGCACAGCGGGAUCGGGGGGGUGUCAGCCAAGUGUGCUGCCACAGCCGAAAUCGACUUCCAAAGCAGAGAACUUGCAGCUGAGGAGCCUCCAGGGUGAGGCUUGUUUCCCGACCAGGGCUGAGCCCCAGACCUCGCCCUCAGGCAGAGCAGGGGACAGAGCUCCCAGGGCUGACAGGAGAGGACAAUGGCAGAUUCCGUGGGUUCGGAAGCUCAUCUCAGAAUGGGCUGCCCACAGCUCUUUUUAAUUUGGUGGAGGUUUUUUAAAGCCUGUCGUUAUCCACUCGUGGCACUUUUCCAAGGGGCCCCUUCGCCACACUGGCACCGAUCUCUGAACCUCGAAGGCAUCCGUCGUCCUGCACGCCCUCGGCCUGUCAGGGAAGCUGGCACAGGAAUGAUGUCACAUCUGGCAAACUGUGUGUUUCCGUCAGAGCCAGAUAUUCUACGGGCCCUGGGUUGAGAGGGGUCCCAAGCCCCCAUGGAUAGGUUUGAGUGCACCCCCUGGGGCUGGUCCAAACCAGAGCCCCACUGGAAAUACCAGCGAGGUGGCAGGUGGUGGCUUGUAGGCACCCCGCUUGUUGUGGCUUGUCGUCACCUUCCUCCAGAGCAAGGUGAGGGCCACCACUGGGGAAGCUGCUCUCUUCCCACUCCACUGUAGGCUUCGGGGGUGGUUUCCAGAGUCCGUGGGCGGCCAUACCCACUUGGGUAAACCCAUGUUGGGGUGCAAUGUCAGAUGUCGGGUGGGGCUAGAAGACAUGUCAGUUCUUUCUCUGGACCCCACCACAGCCAAGAACCUUCAGAGCCAAGAACUUUCAGGGAGGACGGGGUCCUGGGCUGCUUGUCCUUGUCCCAGAGGGCAGUACUGUAGGCCCCAGCAGGGCCAAACCCUCUGCAGAACUCAGCGUUGGGGUGGACCUCAGGGAAGCUGGCACUGCGUGACACACCUCUUGCAGUAACACUGACAUGUGCACUGCUUGGAGACAGGCCCAGAGGAGGGUGAAGCUCUGUCCAAAAGUUGCUCUCCUCAAAAGUCCAGCCCUCCAUCAGCCCCUGCCAUGAUGCCUGCUUGGAGAGUGGCCACAGGAAGAAGCGGAGCCUCUGACCAGGAGCAGGAGGCCGCGGGGCCUCUUGGGGCCCAGGAAGCCCAGCAGCCGGUUGCCUGCCCGCCCGCCUCGUCUCCAGGCAGUGAUUCCUCACCUCUUCUGAGCACAGCGAAUGGCUUGGAGUCCCCUGUCUUCAUCCCCAAGUUCUUCCUCAGAGAACCUCUCCCUCCCUCCCUCCCAGCAGCGUCUCUGGCACCAGCAAAAAGCAUGAAGGAGAAGCAGCCUUCCUGCCGUGUGGGAAAGCCUGCCCUUUCCCAUCAGCCACUCCCUCGAUUCCCGUGAGAUAAACCUUCCUCCCACACCUCCGAUUUCCUCCGUGCCAUGUUUAUAAUCAGUGUUUUGUAUUUUUGUACUGAAAAGUAUCGGAGCACUUUAGAAAAGGCAACUUUAAAUUCCUGUCCUGUUGUGAAAAGAACAUUCCUUGACCUCUCUCAGGCUGGGGUGAUUCCAUGAGGCCAGGACACAGUGCUGUGCAGCUGGAGGAGGGUCCACUCUGACCCUCUGAGAGGCCACGAUUCCCAGAACAAGAAGUUCGAGGAAUUUCCUCUCAGCCAUGUAGGAAUGGGUGCUCCCCUCCACGCAGUCGAGGGCUUCUCAGCUGUGCUGACAUGGCAGGCAGUGCUGUCAGUGUAGUCUUGCUCCCCCAAAGCCCCUCCUUGGUACAGUCCGAAGCUGUCAAGUUGAAGGUCAGGCAAGUAGUAAUUUCCUGUUGAAUCCGAGCACAUCUUUGUUCACCAUGACCAUGUUCUUAAUCCACGCAAUGGUUGUUUUUAGGGUGAUUAUCACCUUUCCAAACCGUGGGAUUCCAGAACCGUCUCAGAACUUCAGAUCUGAUUCUAGCAAUAAAAGCGUCUUAAAAUGAAGCUCUGAGCAAAGUGGAAGUUCUUUGGGAUUUUGUGUUAAAAUUGUCUCCUACCCAGACACUGGUGCUGUGGUCAUGGGAUGGUGGGAGCUCCCUGCACUCUUGGGGAGCCACCGGGCAAGGGUGGGCAGAAGGUGGUCCCUCAAACCUGCUCAGCAGCAUGGACCACCACCACCACCCCCCAUCUGUGGCAAGACCCAGGGCUUUGCCAGUGACCCUUGGCAGCUCUGCCUCAAGCUGGCAGCAUCCAGCAAGGUUCGUGGUUCUUGUGGGAGCCUGGGAGCCAAGGCCUUACAACCAGGCUCGCCACAUCCUGUCCCUCCUGGUCAGCUCCUGCUUCCUCCUCUUGUGGAGGGGUGACCCCACCACUCUCCCUCACCUGCUGGCCCUGGGGAGCCAUCAGGGAGCACCAGCUGACGAGAGGCUGCAGAGAGGAGCCCAGGCAGAUCAGCCCGCUCCGGUUCCCUCCGAAAGCCCAUGUGGUCAUUGUGGAUCAGCAGCAGGGUGGCCGCAGAAGACCCCCACAGAAGGCCCAGCACGUGAAAUGCAGCAUGGAGCCCCCUCCCUGCAGGCUUGUCCAUGGGGUCUCGUGAUUUCAACCUUCCCCCACGUGGAGCCACCUCAGCAUGGGGCCGGGCACUCAGUGGGGACUCCCUGAGCCUGAUGAGAAGCUGAGUUUGCACAACAAAUCCUCCGCACCUGUGACCUGCUUAAAACCUGAACAGUCCUUUUAGAUCUGGUCCCAAGACUUGACUCUCUCUGCCUGUGCUCAGCCCCAAACUUGAGGAGGCUGAACGCUGGCCCCAGAGAGGGGCAUGGGGCAGGGGCAUGGCCACGACUUCCUGGGGGCUGUCCAGUGGUCAGUCAUUGCUGUUGCCACCGGGACACUUUGGGCUUAUGUGGAGUCUCCAGGAUGCUGUUUUGUGAUUUUGUUGUUUCUAAUCCAAAAUAACCCAGGGCAUCUGCUUUGGUUUCUUUCCUUGGCUGCUCAAGCAAAUACCAUGCGAUGAGUCGGCAUAAACAAUGGGAAUUUAUUAGCUCACAGUUCUGAAGCUAAAAGGAAGUCCAAAUUAAGGCGUCAUGAAGGCGAUGCUUUCUUCCCCAGGACUCGUGUUCUGGGGCUGACUGCCAGCAAUCCUUGGUCCUGGGCUCCGCUGUCACGUGACAGGGCACGUGGUGGCUUCUUCUGGCCUCUCCCAGGUUCCUUGGAAUGUCAGCUUCUUGCUUCCCAUGGCUUUCUCUCCCUGUGUCUGAGUUUCAUUCUGCUUAUAAAAGACUCCAGUAAUAGGAUUAAGACCCAUACUGAUUGAGUUGGGCCACACCAUAAAUGAAAUCACCUCAUCAAAAGAUCCUACAUAAAAUGGGUUGACUCCCACAGAAAUGGAGUAAGUUUCAGAACAUGUUUUUGUGGUACAUAGCUCCAAACCAUCACAGAGUUUGGCUUCUGUUUGGCUUGAAAAGCCAGUGGUGAACUCAUCAUUUCCACCUUGCCUGAGUCAGGGUCCAAUCAGAAGAGAGAAGCCCCACUGGCUAUUUGAACAGAGAGGUUUUAAUACAGACCUAACAAGGGAUCAAAUUUACUGGAUGACUGGAAGUGUAAAAAGAGAAGACUGAUAGAAAUACGAUGCGAGCCACACGUGUAAUUUUUAAAUUUCUUGUGACCACAUUUAAAAAGUAAAAAGAACCAGGUGAUGAAUGCAAUUCAUUCCACCAGAUUGCACUUUGAAAGUGGUGAAAAUGGGGAGGCUCGUGAUGGAUAACUGUCACCACAAUAAAAACUUAAAAAAAAGAAACAGGUGAAAAUAAUUUGACAAUACAUUUUA